UUCCCCCAGCACUACAGCAAAGUUCAUAUCCAGUCCCUGUACAUGUGUGUAUGUGGCUCUCUCAACCAUUCCUCCCUGACAUUCCACAGCAGAUGUGGGAUUGACUGAUGGGAUACAGAAACAGAGAAAGUCACAGGAAUAUUCCUCCGAUACUUUGGAUCAAACCUUCAGUGCUUUUCUUCUUUCAGACAUUUGACUGAAACUGUUGGGAAACAGCAUCAUUACACAGACUCAAACAUCCGAUUUCUUUGGGGAUUUUGGACUUUGGGGACCAAACAACCCCAGGCAGGGUACACUAGAACAUCCUAAACAAAAGGGCCGAAGAAGCCCUGUGACCUCUACAAUGGCAGACGUCCUGCAGCUCAGUACCAACAGUCUACAAGUGCCAGGUGAAGAUAGAUCAGCCUCUAUAUCUCCAUCUGGUUCUCCAUCUCCUUCCAGAAAUGAGUGCAGUAUCACUCCUCUUACUCCCUCCCCGUUUCCACGGACAGAGGUUAGACCAUGUGUGGCUCGUCCAUUUUCUGUGGUUGUUGCUAUAGAUUUUGGCACCACCUCCAGUGGUUAUGCAUUCAGUUUCACAGAAGAUCCUGAGACCAUUCACAUGAUGAGACGGUGGGAGGAUGGUGACCCUGGUGUAACCAAUCAGAAGAGUCCAACCUGUCUGCUGCUGACCCCUGACCUCCGGUUCCACAGUUUUGGCUUUGCAGCUCGAGACAGCUAUCAUGACCUUGACCCUGAGGAAGCCAGGCAUUGGCUCUACUUUGACAAAUUCAAAAUGAAAAUCCACAGCACUAGUGAUCUCACUAUGGAGACCGAGCUGGAGUCUGUUAGUGGAAGAAGAGUUCGGGCUAUUGAGGUGUUUGCUCACGCCUUGAGGUUCUUCAGAGAGCAUGCUUUAAAGGAGGUGAAGGACCAGUCUUCCUCUGUGCUGGAAAGUAAUGAAGUACGGUGGGUCAUCACUGUUCCUGCGGUGUGGCGGCAGCCAGCUAAGCAGUUCAUGCGAGAAGCUGCGUAUUUGGCAGGUUUGGUGACUCCAGAUUCUGCAGAGCAGCUCCUCAUUGCUCUCGAACCAGAAGCUGCAUCUAUCUACUGCAGGAAGCUCCAUCUACACCAGGUCAUUGACCUCAGUCAACGACCAGUAAUCAACGGUUUAGAUGUGGACGGGUCCUGCCCUUUCGAUUCCAGUUUUAGGCAAGCCCGCGAGCAGCUCCGCAGAGCCAGGCAUAGCCGAACUUUUCUGGUGGAGAGUGGUACUGGAGAAUUGUGGUCUGAGAUGCAGACAGGUGACCGGUACAUUGUGGCAGACUGUGGUGGUGGGACAGUGGAUCUGACGGUGCAUCAGAUUGAGCAGCCACAGGGCACUCUGAAGGAGCUUUACAAAGUCUCAGGGGGUCCUUAUGGAGCAGUUGGUGUGGAUCUUGCCUUCGAGGCCAUGUUGUGUCAGAUCUUUGGAGCUGACUUCAUUGAGAGUUUUAAAGCUAAACGUCCAGCAGCUUGGGUAGACCUUACUAUUGCAUUUGAAGCCCGAAAGCGCACAGCAGCUCCUGGCCGGGCCAACUCACUAAACAUCUCGCUGCCCUUUUCCUUCAUUGACUUCUACAAGCGACACCGGGGGCAGAGUGUGGAGACUGCCCUGCGCAAGAGCAAUAUGAAUUUUAUAAAGUGGUCAUCUCAAGGGAUGCUGAGGCUGUCUGCGGAAGCCAUGAAUGAGCUUUUCCAGCCGACCAUCAACAACAUCAUAAAACAUGUUGAGAACCUGAUGCAGAAGGAGGAAGUAAAGGAUGUGCGUUUUCUCUUCUUGGUUGGAGGAUUUGCAGAGUCACCCAUGCUUCAGCGUGCGGCACAGAAUGCACUAGGGAGGAACUGCCGUAUUAUAAUUCCACAUGACGUAGGUCUAACCAUCCUGAAGGGUGCAGUCCUGUUUGGUCUAGACCCCACUGUUGUCCGUGUACGCCGUUGCCCAUUAACUUACGGUGUUGGGGUUUUGAACCGCUUUGUGGAAGGCCAACACCCUCGUGAUAAGCUUCUCAUCAAAGAUGGCCGAGAAUGGUGCACUGACAUCCUGGACCGCUUUGUAAACGUUGAUCAAUCGGUGGCCUUGGGAGAGGUGGUGAGGCGGAGCUACACUCCAGCGAGAAUGGGACAAAGGAAGAUCAUCAUCAACAUCUACUGCAGCGACACUGAUGACAUAACCUACAUUACCGACCCCGGGGUGAGGAAGUGUGGUGCCAUCACGCUAGACCUGCUUGAGUCAGGGGCAGUGGCAGCUAGCGCUGGUGAUAACGAUAAAGGACCAGCAUUUGAACGCAGGGAGAUUCGCACGACGAUGCAGUUUGGAGACACAGAGAUCAAAGUCACAGCUGUUGAUGUGGCAACCGGCCGACUGGUGCGGGCAUCAAUUGACUUCCUGUCCAACUGAUCCUAUUGUGCUGUUUCUGGAGAGAACUGGAAUGCGAAUGUGAUGGACAUUUAACAACAGUUAAUCUCAUCAAUUAAUGGCUUAAAUAAUAGCUUUGAGGUUGAAGAUCUGGAUAUACAAGGAUUGCUGAUAUAAAAGCUGGAAGGCUGAACGAUAACCUGGAGCGUUACUGGGAUUCCCUUUUAUUGUGCAAAGCACCAGCUCUGAGGACUGUCUCCUGUACUAAGUGUACUGUAAGCUUUGGAUAAGAAAGAUUCUAAAUUAUAAGAAAUGAGGCAAAAAAUUAACCAGAUCUUCGGACGGGAAUUUUAUUUACAUUAUCAAAUAAUCUUAAAUAUUUGCCAUAAGGUCUGUAAAUGCAUUUCCUAUUAGUUUAUUAACACAGAAGAACUAGUUUCAGUUCAGUUACUCCUUGUGGUGAUCCACACAUUUGCAGUAAGUAGAUAUUAUAUUCCUUCUAAGUUUGCAGACACUUAGUAUUUAAAUUGAUUUAUCAAUUAAAGCCACUUAAGUUUAAUUUUUUUUAAACAUUCUCUAUAACUAUACAUGAAUCAAUUAAAAACUUCAAAGACAAAAUCAAGACAUCUUUAGUUUUAAAUUACGGUUGCGCCACCUGGAGGUAGAAAGAGGAAGUGAUUAAUCAGAAUGACGUUAAGAGGAUGGUUAACAAGAGAAAUAAAGUUCAAAUUUUCUGAUUUCCUACAUAGGUACAAAACAGGUAUUUACAUCAUACAAACCUUUUUUCUUUUGCCUGGUUACAAUUGGUUUUACUUAUUUGCUCCUCAAAGAAUCUGAUUGAGGCAUUUAGGUUUGUUCUUUUUUAUAUGUAGGCACAAUUAAAAUAGCUAAAGCUUAUGAAACACUACCUCUCAAGACUUUAAAAUUAUACCAGGUCUAAACUUGCAGUUAUUAUAACAUUUAUGUUUUGAACUAUUAGUCUUUCAUCGGUCUUGUAUAAGCAAUAUUGUUGACUUUUUAUCUAUACAGGAGCAAAGAAAACAGUUGUUAUGUUUAUAAGAAACCUGCUUCAAGGAUGUUGGUAAUAUUACUAUUAAAUAUGCUGGACAUUAGUCUGACAUAAGGGAAUCAAGCUAGGGGUUAAAUCACAUCACACUGUUGGCAUAUAGUCCUAAAAGUCAGAUUUUAGUUUAAUACAUACUAUGAAACUGUUUGUAUACUAAAUCACAAUGCCUCAAAAUAAAAUAUAUUUCUUUAAAUGCUAUAAUGUAAAACAUUUAAAUUCUAAUGCCUAAU